AUGUACGCGGAUUUCAUUGCUGGUUGGGCGGCAGGUGGAGCAGGAAUUAUCGUCGGCCAUCCGCUCGACACCGUCAAAGCGCGACUCCAAACGAUGAGUGCCUACAAAGGGAUCGUGGAUUGUGCAAUGAAAACAGUCAAACAAGAAACGGUAUACGGCCUCUACAAAGGAAUGUGGGUACCAUUUCUUACGACUGGAGCUCUACAUUCGUUGCUAUUUGCCGGCUAUGGAAUGGCUCUACGGGUUUUACAUCCUGGCGAGUCAAAUGUGGAAGCUAGAAAAGACUUGCCUAUGUCUGAGAUACUUAUCGCUUCUAUUUGUGGAACGUUAGCGCAAGUGAUACCAGUUAUACCUGUCGAACUUCUCAAAACUCGUCUUCAGGUACAACGUGAAAACGUCUCUCGUUCUUCGAAACAUUCACGGAACCUUUAUUCUGGGCCAGUGGAUUGUGCGAAGCGUAUAGUCGAAACUGAAGGAUUCAGUGGUUUAUUCAAAGGUGGGAAAGUGAUAUUUCUUCGUGAUAAUAUUGGGUAUCUCUUCUACAUCCCAGUUUAUGAAAUGAUAUUACGACUUACGAGAAGUCGUAACGUCAACGAAACAGGUGCACAGCUAUUUGCCGGCGGUUGCGCGGGAGUCGCAGGUUGGCUUUCUGUUUGCCCUCUUGAAGUCGUAAAAAAUCGAAUUCAAGUCGAGAACGUUGCUUGCAGAACAACUGCGACCGAGGUAGCGCGACGAAUAUGGCGGCACGAAGGUGCAUCUGCUUUCUAUCGCGGAGGAUUGACUAUGUCCAUACGAGGGUUUAUAGUUAACGCCGUAGUUUUUCUCGUCUAUGAAAACAUAUUCUCGUUGAUAGACGCUGCUUCGAGCUUCAAGCUGAACACUACAUGA